AUGACAGCACCAACCAGCACUGACACUCGAAACAACGUCAAGGUCGUCCCGAACGACAAACUUUAUGUUUCUGAGCCAAACCCAAUGUGGUUCGGUAACAGAUCCAAUCCAACUGACGAUCCUUCAUGGACCAACAAGAACUGGUUGAAAUCAAGGUUCCAUUUCUCCUUUGCGGAAUACCGGAACCCCAAAAAUUCCAGUUAUGGCGUACUCCGUGUCCUGAACGAUGAUCUGGUGCAACCCAUGCGUGGCUUUGGAGCUCAUCCACAUGCCAAUAUGGAAAUCGUCACCUACAUUGUCAAUGGUAAGCUAACACACGAAGAUUCCAUGGGUACCUCUCAAUCGUUGGGCAGAGGAUCCAUUCAAUUUAUGACGGCAGGAUCUGGAAUCACGCAUUCGGAGCACAACCACACGGACAAGCCAUUGCGCUUCAUCCAGACUUGGAUUGUACCAGAACGAAGAGGACUUUCACCCAACUAUGGUGGAUAUGACGCUAGUGACAAAUUGGUCAAGAACCAAGUCCGGCACUUGGCAUCCAGUAUCAAGGACAACGCAAAUGACACCCCAGUGAAGCUGAACCAAGACGUAAACUGCCGUGCUGGCGAGCUCGAGCUCGGUAAGUCGGUUUCAGUGGAUCUUCCUGAAGGAAGACAAGCAUACUUGUUGUGUGUGGAGGGGUCCUUGAAGGUGAACGGACAGGCUCUUGCUCGUCACGAUGCUUGCGAGAUCACGAGUGACGGAGAAGCAAUUGUGAUUGAAGCUGUUGGUGUCGAAGACACCGAAAACGGCGAGGUUGGUCACUUUUUGAUGUUUGAUAUGGAGGAAGUGGAAGGAUCCGGCCGCAGAGAUUUCUAA